AGUCUGGUAAAAUAUUUUCAACGAGUGUGGAAGGACAGCAUCCGUCCGGAUGUUUUGUAAAUCUAUUCUCUUGCAAGUCUGACAACCAUGUGCUUUACCUGAAUAGUAGUCGCAUGAGCCAGUUGUACAAUUGCAUGAAUUUCAUACCCUAUAUCUGAUGAGAGUGAACGUCUGUCACUUGUUCUGACAACGCACACAUCAUUUUAUAGGUUUACAGUAGGUUAUAAAUAUGGACGAAUCUGGUCAACUCGUUGGAAACGAGACGGAAACGGAGAGGAAGAGAAAGUCAGUAGCUCAGAUAGACUACAAUCAAGAAGAGAUCAAAAGGCAGAAGCACGUGAAGACAGUGGCUGUCUUGGGCGAGGAAGACGCAUCUGUAAAACUAUUAGAAGACCUUGUUUUCGGAGCAGAAGAUGACCUUGUGGAAAGACUCGCGGAGGAGAGGGACAACCAGGGCUCCACUCUUCUGGACGACGAAGAAUCCAGCGAUUCCGAUGAUGAGAACGAGUCACGGUUGCGGCUCCCGCCGGUGAAGAAAGCCGUUUGGGAGGAUGAGGAUGAUCAGGCGGAAGAAGAAGUGGACAUGACACACAGGUUUCGUAGAGACCUCACGAAAGGCUCGGUGGAAGCCAAGAUGUCGAAACAAAAGUUACAGCUGAGAAUGAAGGAACAGUUCCAGAAGGCCAUGGGAGGAGCUCCAUCCUGGGCAGAGACCAAAGUGAAGAAGAAAAGCAGGAGGAAAGCUGACGACGACGAUGAUGAUGAUGACGAGGAGAAGGAGGAUGAUGAUGAUGACCUUCUGAGGAAGACAGGGAACUUUGUCGGGUCUUCUGAGAGUCUGCCUAAAGGAAUCAUCCGGAUGAAGAAGUGUCUCCAUGCCAACAACGCCCGCCCCUCAGACGGUCAGCUGACCACGGUCCAGUUCCACCCCUCCGCCCAGGUCGUCAUGACCGCAGGGAUGGACCAGUCCAUAUCUCUGUUCCAGGUGGACGGAAAGAGCAACCCGAAGAUCCAGAGCAUCCACCUGGAGAGGUUCCCGGUGCACAAGGCCCGCUUCAGCGUGGACGGGGAGCAGGUGGUGGCCACCAGCUUCAGGAAUAAGCUCUUCUACCUGUACGACAUGAUGGAGGGCAAGAUUGUCCCCGUACACUCUGUCAGAGGUCUGAAUGAGCAGAGGGUGAAAGAGUUCGAGGUGUCUCCUGAUGGAGAUUCUCUCCUCCUCACCGGCACGUCUGGCUACCUGCACGUCUUAACCUUGAAGACCAAGGAGGUGGUGAGGAGCAUGAAGAUCAACGGGGAGGUCAGCGGAGCGGCGUACUCUCACGACGGCAGCAAGGUCUUCGCCAGCUCUGAGGACGGAGAGGUGUACGUGUGGGACAGCAGGAGCAGCAGGUGUGUGGGGAGGUUCACGGACGAAGGCUGCGUCAGAGCCACCGCCAUCACUGCCUCGCCCAACGGACACUACCUAGCCUGCGGCUCCCAGUCUGGCGUGGUGAACAUCUACUCUCAGGAGGCGUGUCUAAGAGAGACCAAUCCCAAGCCUCUGAAGGCCGUCAUGAACCUGGUGAACUCGGCGACCUCCCUGUGCUUCAACCCGACCUCCGAGAUCCUCGCCAUUGCCUCCCGCUUCGACAACGAAGCCACUCGAUUGAUCCAUCUCCCGAGCUACACCGUGUUCUCCAACUUCCCCGUCUUCCACAGGAAGACCCUCUACCACGCCCACAGUCUGGCCUUCUCCCCGCACAGCGGCUUCUUCUCUCUGGCAAACAACAAGGGCUACGCCCCUCUCUUCAGGUUGUUGCAUUACAAAAACUUUUGAAGAGGGACAUCCGUGACCAGGAGAAGCUGCACGACCCUUUGGGUUGACCCCCCUUGCUGGGAGGGAGGUUUGGAGAAGGGGAUUGCUUGCUACAUCAACGGAACAUAUCGGUUGAUAUUUUCCUAUACUUUUAUUUAGCCUUUUCUGUGUCUGAUGUUAAGAAAAACACAACUUGUAUAUGUCUGUUUUGUACAAAGGUAUGUGUGGAAGAUGCAAUACAUAAUGUCCUCUACUUCGUACGUUUCGGUCAUUUAAUGUUGUCUACUGUGUGUUUUUGGCUUCACACGCCUCUCUCUGGGCUAAAGACCUGUCUCUACCUCGUACCUGGCUGCGAUAACACCUUCAUUUCCCUGCUGGGGAUUUAAGUAAUCUAUCUAACCCCAUUUAUCUGCAAACAAAACUCACUCCAGGUUUUCAUAAUGGCAGGCAUACAUGGUGUUAGGUAGUUGUUCCCCAGCAACGCGAGACCGUGGCCGUACACCCUGAGGGCUGUGGGUGCUUGAUGUAUAUGGUCUGGGUGUAUUAUGACCAUGUCAUUCCAGAAAGGCAGCAUUCCUACAGGACAGGCCAGUGAACCCCCGCCCUCGUUCAUCUCCAUGUGCUGGUGACAAACAAUGUUUUACUUGUGUUUAGCAUGUCAGACUCCUCAAAAAGAUGGAUUUAGGUGUCUCUGAUGGAGGCUGUUUUCUCAAAUGUGGGUGGGACACUUUUUUAAGAACUUAGGAUGCAGACGUUCAAUAAAAUUGUCUUCAUAAAAAGUUGUGUGAGUGGCGCAGGGCAGAUUUGCUGUUAUUUCUUUUUUACGGGUAGACCAUCUCCCUCACAUGAAUAAUAAAACCUAUGCCCCAGAGA